AUGCCAGCUGCAGCAUCCACGACAAAAAAGGUGGCCUCACUAAAGUCACUUCAAGCGAAGCUAAAGGGUUUGCACGCUUCGUUCAACAACAUAGUGGACUUCGUAUCAAAUUACCCCGAGGAUGUUACCGCUAGCCAGAUAUCAGUACGGUUAGAGCAUUUGGCGGAGCUGUGGGAAAAGAUUGGAGAGUUGGUUGCUGAGGUGGAGUCCCAUGAGGACUUUGUGGUUGAAGAUGAUGCCUUUGCCAAGGAGCGGUUGGAUUUCGAAAACCGUUAUUUCCAUGUUAAAUCUUCUUUGCUGGACAAGACCAAAGAGUUGCAGGAUCCUCCGGUUCAAGAUCAAUCUUCAGCACAGGUCGACAAUUCCAUGCAUGUUUCGUCGGAUCAUGUUCGUUUACCUCAAAUAAAACUCCAAACUUUCGACGGUAACAUCGACGAGUGGCUUAGCUUUAGGGACCUUUUCACAUCGUUGAUUCACUGGAAGGUAGAGCUACCAGAUGUGGAGAAACUGCAUUACUUAAAGGGAUGUCUACAAGGAGAGGCGAAGGCGCUAAUCGAUCCUCUGAAAAUAACGAGAGGAAACUAUCAAAUUGCUUGGGAAACAUUACUGAAACGCUAUAACAAUAGCAAAUUGUUGAAGAAGCGGCAAAUUCAAUCGCUUCUAAAACUUCCUUCGGUGGCUAAGGAGUCUGCAGUCGAAUUACAUACACUUUUGGAGAGUUUCGAACGAGUUAUUCACACCUUGGAUCAGAUUGUGCAGCCAAAUGACUACAAGGAUCUGCUGUUGGUUAAUAUUCUCAGCUCCCGUUUGGAUCCCAGCACACGCCGAAGUUGGGAGGAACAUUCAGCGAGUAAGGAACAGGAUACCCUAAACGAUCUAACGGAUUUUCUGCAGCGUCGAGUUCAAAUUUUAGAAUCUUUGCCAUCCAAGUUUACAGAAAGCAAGCGCGAAUCGUCACCUACUAGGAAAAGGAUACAACCAUUUCGAGUCAGCCACAAUGCAGUUCAAACGUCAACUGGGAAAUGCUCCGCUUGUCCCGAAAAUCAUUGGCUAUACACUUGUCCCACUUUCCAAAGGAUGUCGGUAGCUAGUAGAGAAUCGUUGUUGCGCACUCAAUCGCUGUGUCGUAACUGCUUCAAACGAGGUCAUCAGGCUAAGAGCUGUUCUUCCAAAUAUUCUUGCAGGAAAUGUAAAGGUCGGCAUCACACACUGGUUUGCUUCCAGAAAAAUGGAGAAGGCGAGAAACAAAGGACAACCGAAGAACCUGGACCAUCUAGAAACAAUGCGGUUUCGUUAGCGGACACGAGUACGAGAACUGCAAACACAUCAGUAACGGAAAUAAUAUCAACCAACUUCUCGCAAAAGCGAAGCACUAAUAUACUACUUGCUACUGCUGUGGUUCUGGUCGAGGACGAUGAAGGCUUACAGUACCCUGCACGGGCGUUACUCGACUCGGGAUCGGAAUGUAAUUUCAUCUCGGAGCAACUUCGUCAAAUGUUAAAGGUGUCCAGGGAAAGGGUGGACAUUGCAGUACUCGGAGUAGGUCAGGCAUCGACAAGGGUAACUCAACGCAUCGCGGCUACAGUGCACUCACGGGUUUCUGAAUUUUCAAGGAAAAUGGAGUUUUUGGUUUUACCAAGGGUUACGGUGAGCCUACCGAUAACAACGGUGCAAAUUUCGGAAUGGAAAUUCCCAGAAGGAAUUCAUCUGGCGGAUCCAGCCUUUUUCCAAUCAAAAUGUGUCGAUUUGGUUCUCGGUAUCCAGGCCUUUUUCAGCUUUUUCCGGACUGGCAACGAAUUCACACUGGGUGACGGUCUUCCACGGCUAACUGAAUCGGUUUUCGGUUGGGUGGUGUCCGGUGAGAUACAAUCAGCGAAAACUUCUUCAUGCAUCACGUGUAACUUGGCGGUAUCAGACACUUUGGAACAGUUAAUGGAGCGGUUUUGGGCCUGUGAGGAUAUGGGCAACUGCAACAACUAUUCGCCCGAAGAGGCGCGCUGCGAGGAGCAGUUUGGGCGUACUACUCGAAGGGAAUCUGAUGGUCGGUAUACUGUUUCGCUCCCCAAGGAUGAAUCAACAUUUUCGCUGCUGGGUAUGUCAAAGGAUAUUGCUUUAAAGCGUUUUCAAGGGCUAGAGAGGAGGUUGGAUCGAGACACCGAACUUCGUAAGCAAUAUGAAACUUUCAUGAUGGAAUAUUUGACCUUGGGACACAUGAAAAGGGUAGAAACUGGCGAGCAAGCAGAAGUCAAGAGAUGUUAUUUGCCGCAUCAUCCUGUGGUAAAGGCUUCUAGUACUACAACAAAGGUCAGGGUGGUCUUCGAUGCUUCAUGCAAAACAUCGACUGGCAUCUCUCUCAAUGACGCACUUCUCAUUGGCCCGAUGGUUCAGCGAGACCUGCGUUCUAUAAUACUCCGUAGCCGAACUCGCCAAGUAAUGAUUGUCGCAGACGUGGAGAAAAUGUUCAGGCAAAUUAACAUGGAUCAGGCGGAUGCUCCGCUACAAAGCAUUUUAUGGCGUUUUAAUCGUGACGACGAAAUUGCAACGUACGAACUCAGCACCGUUACAUACGGGACUAAACCGGCCCCAUUUUUGGCCACUCGUACACUGAAACAGUUAGCUAUGGACGAGAGUGAGAGGUUCCCCUUGGCAGCCCAGGCAACUGAGGAAGACACAUAUAUGGACGAUGUGAUAUCUGGGGCGGACGACAUCGAUACCGCAGUUGAAUUAAGAAGGCAGUUAGUUUCCCUGUUUGAAAGUGGAGGUUUUCGAUUACGAAAAUGGAUAUCCAACAACGAGCGAGUUUUGGAAGGUAUACCCAACGAAAAUCUGGCACUCCCCAAUACGAACGAGGUAAAUUUGGAUCAUGAGUCAUCGGUAAUGACAUUGAGGUUGACAUGGUUGCCCAAAACGGACUGCUUUCGGUUUCAGUUUGCUAUUCCGGCAUUGCUUUCUGAUCAACUUCAAACCAAACGCAAGAUUCUCUCCAUCAUCGCAUCGCUUUUCGACCCCCUAGGGCUCCUGGGAGCAACAAUUGUGAGGGCUAAAAUCUUCAUGCAAGGACUUUGGCAUCGUGUUAAUGCAGGAGGCAAACGAUUGGAGUGGGAUGAGAUACUCCCAGCAACGGUGGGUGAGGAGUGGCGUAUAUUUCAUUCUCAAUUGCCCACAUUGAACACUCUUCGCGUUCCUCGCUGUGUCGUCGUAGCUUGUGCUGUUUCUACUGAGAUACACUGUUUUUCGGAUGCUUCGGAAAGGGCAUAUGGCACUUGUCUAUACUUGCGAAGUACGGAUAAAAACGGGAAUUAUACAGUCCAUCUUCUAACUUCUAAAUCGAGGGUCGCACCACUCAACGUACAGUCGCUGCCUAGGCUAGAGCUGCGGGGCGCUUUGCUUGCUGCACAACUAGUGGACAAGGUGUUGGAUGCCCUUAAAGGGACGUAUAGGGUCCAUUUGUGGACGGACUCGACCUGUGUCCUUCAAUGGAUUAAAGCACCACCAAGUACAUGGACAACAUUUGUGGCAAAUCGGGUCUCAAAGAUCCAAGCACUUUCGGAAAAACAUAAUUGGAACCAUGUGCCCGGAAUUUCAAACCCCGCAGACUUGAUCUCGCGUGGUAUUUUACCAAAUGCAUUGGAAGGAAACCGCCUUUGGUGGGAGGGCCCAGACUGGUUGAAAAAGGAAAGGGAAGAGUGGCCCAAUCAACCCGAUAUAAGGCUGGAUACUAUAUCAGAGCGGCGACAAGGCACGGUGAUAUGCGUCGCGUCGGACGCGCCUUGCUUCAGCACUAUGUUCGUUUCUAAAUUUUCCGCAUAUUCGAGACUCAUUCGGGCUACGGCAUAUUGGUUACGUUUCAUAGCAAUUUAUGUAAAAAGGGUUAAUCCAAAGCCAAAUGGAUUCCUCACUACUGUGGAGCUUAGGAGGGCAGAAGCAGUUAUAAUUCGGCGAAUCCAAGAAGAAACGUUCUCGGAAGAAUUGAAAGCGUUAACUAACAACAAGGCACUUCCUCGCAAGUCCCCUUUACGUUGGUUUAAUCCCAUGAUUGAUUUAAACGGAGUUUUACGAGUAGGUGGAAGGUUGGGACACUCGCAAGAGACCCAUGACACAAGGCACCCAAUGAUAUUGCCAUGGAAACAUGAAUUUACUACCAUGCUCUUUAGACACUAUCACCAAACUUUACUGCAUGCAGGCCCUCAACUGCUUCUCAGCUCAAUUCGGUCACGAUACUGGCCGCUGGGCGGAAGGAAAACAGCCAGAAUGGUUGUCCACCAAUGUCAGCGAUGCUUUAGAGCAAAACCAACAUUACUGAAACAACAGAUGGGUGAGCUGCCAACGGCGCGCGUUACAGUAGCUAGGCCAUUUUCCAGAACCGGUGUGGACUAUUUUGGACCCGUGCAUAUUCGCGACGGGCGAAAGCGACCUGCGAUUAAAGCAUACGUCGCGGUGUUCGUAUGCAUGUGCACUAAGGCAGUGCACAUGGAGUUAGUCACUGACCUGUCAACGGAACGCUUCUUACAAGCACUACGCCGAUUUAUCUCAAGACGGGGAAGGUGUACUGAUUUGUAUUCCGAUAAUGGGACAAAUUUUGUCGGCGCGCGAAACCAAUUAAAGGAAUUGCGGAAUUCACUAAGGGACAAAGAGCAUCAAGAGAAGGUUUCUAAGGAAUGCGCACAGAACGGUAUGCAGUGGCACUUCAACCCACCUAGUGCCCCGCACUUCGGAGGCCUUUGGGAGGCUGCCGUUCGCUCAGCCAAACAUCAUUUGCUUCGUGUGUUAGGAGAAAAUCCAAUUGCGUUUGAGGAUUUCAACACCUUGUUAAUCCAGGUUGAGGGUUGCUUGAACUCCCGCCCACUCACUCCACUGUCGGAUGACCCAAGUGAUAUGGAGGCGCUUACACCUGGUCAUUUUUUAACCGGAGGAUCCCUGCAAGCUAUCCCAGAACCGGACUACACUGACGUGAAACUUAAUCGCUUGAGUCGAUGGCAACUGGUACAAUGGCAGCUGCAAAACUUCUGGAAGCGUUGGCGGACAGAAUAUUUAUCCCAACUGCAAGGUAGAACGAAAAAUUGGGAACCUCCGUCGAAGGUAGAAAUCGGAAGGUUGGUGAUCAUCGUCGACAGCAACCAACCACCAAUGCGAUGGAAGAUGGGUCGUAUACAUAAGCUGCACCCUGGUCCUGAUGAUGUAGUCCGCGUAGUCACCGUAAAAACUGCAACGGGAUAUCUGCAACGGCCAAUCGUUAAACUGUGCAUAUUACCAUCUCCAGAGACCGAAAAUUCAGCUGACUCGACAAGCAAUUAG